UUUAAGAGUGAAUAGACGCUUGUUUUUUAAUCGGUGUUAAAGUCAUUUGCAUCUCAUGUAGUUUAUCCGGCAAUGUGUUGAAAGUAAAAUUUGCAAACUACUGAAAUUGGAACAGUCACUGAACAUGACAACAGAAUCAAUGUUUGAAAAUUUAAGCCUGGUAGAGAAAUCUGCUGUAUCUUUAGACAAUGUUGAAGAAGAUUAUGUCUUAGAUGUUGCUGCACAAAGAGGAAAUGGUGAAUAUAUAGCAGCUACCAGCAGUAAUCAUACAAUAAGAUUGUUCUCAAGGUCAAAUCUUGCUAAUGUAGGGGUGAUAGAAGGUCAUUCAGAUACUAUAAGUGGGAUAAGCUGGGGAAAGACAGAGCCUCACCUACUUUAUUCAUCAUCUAAAGAUAAAACUAUCAGAUGUUGGGAUACAAGAACUAAAUUAUCAAAAGAAGUUCAGAAAUUCAGAGGAUCUACUGAAACAGAGAAUAUGUUUACAUGUAUUGACAUCAACGCUGAUGAUAGAGUUCUGUGUUCUGGCCAGGAAGCUGAUAAGGAAGAAAAUGCCUUCAUUUUAUUCUGGUACAUAUGA